AUGCCUUUAAAGAUAACUCCAACUAAUCCCGAGAAAUCCCCCAAUGUCACGAACUCGGCCUCUUUGAUGAUCGCACGGGAAAAGUUUCGAAUUUAUUUGGCAUUCCCUUACGUUGGGUCCAAUCGGAAGCCUUCCAGCGUCAGUCCCAUGGCGCGGCUACAAAUCAAAACAGGCGAAACUGGCCCCGUCGACCCCCGAAGAGAUAAAGCCCCCGAGGACUAUCGGGCUGGCGUGUCCUGUGUCGACAAACGAGUUGCACGCGCCGAACCAACGAUCGGAAAACGGCGUCGGCGCGGGGCGACCGAACGGAAACCCGUCACGGCCACGCUAAGGUCGUCGCCCGCCGGAGGUCACCAGCGCGCCGUGCGAACCGCUCGGAAAAUUUCCGCGUCACGCGCACCGCUCGAUUUUGCGACUGGCUCUCGAGUGCCUUUU